AUGUUUUGUACUAGCGUCAGCAGUAAGCAUAGAAUUCCGUUGCUACCGAAGUCUGAAAACGACGCGGCUGUAUUUCGACGACCAUCUCCGAGUUGUUUUGCACAUGAGGAUUGUUUCACGUCGUCGUUCACUGGCAGAUUGUUCUCGAACGCCUCCCUCCGCUGUUUAUUUUAUCUGCUUACAACAAGUUCUCGAAUUAGGUCCCAUCGUACCGCCGUCCGCUCGUUCACCAACAGAUCUUUGUCAAUGAGCUCCACAAUGAAGAAAAAACUCAUUAUCGAUACCGAUGGAGUUUCGGAUGACAUGCGAGCCAUUUCACUGGCUAUUCAGCAUCCUGACGUUGAGGUAAUCGCCAUCACAACAGUCCACGGAGGUGUACCUGUUGAACAGGCAACCGCAAAUGCGGCCCGAGUACAAAGAGCGAACGGUGUUGAGGAAUCCAUACCAAUUUACAUGGGUUCACCGGAAGCUAUUAUAAGGAAACCGUUCGUCGUUCAUUCUUUCUUCGGAAUCGAUGGAAUUGGCGAUCGGCCUGAUGCUUUUCCAGAAGUUUCUUCGUCGGAUUUUGCCGCUCAUGAACCAGAAUCGGCUGCUCUUGCGUUGAUUCGCUUAACAAAAGAACACAAGGAUGUUACUGUUGUUUGUCUCGGGCCGUUAACAAAUAUUGCAUUGGCCUAUAAGUUGGACUCCUAUUUUGCGAAACAGAUCGGGAAACUCGUUAUUAUGGGUGGCAAUUAUUACGGUGUUGGAAACGUGAGCGAGUUCUCAUCGGCCGAGUUCAACUUCAGCGGUGAUCCGGAAGCAGCAAAGAUUGUACUCGAUGAAAUGAGCACCGAUGUGACUCUUAUACCGUGGGAAAAUGUCUAUCUGGAUCGAGCUAAACACGAGGCUGAGAUCAAUUUCGACGCUCAUCUGAAAGUUGAUACUCCACUGGCAUCGUUUCUUGCUCUGGCUACACGCAUCCCGCGUGAAGUUAUGGGCAAGUAUGGUCGACAAUAUGGAUACUGCGAUGAGAUAGCUGUUGCAGUCGCUAUAGAUGAAAAGGCUAUAGCAAAAAAGACCAUGGAUCUCCGUACCAGUGUUGAACUUCAUGGACAGAUGACCAGAGGUCAAGUGGUGGUAGACUGGAUUGGAGUUCUUUGCGAUCUCGACGGCACUGUCACCGAUGCUCAAAUUACUAUGACACGAAAGUUCUCGAUCAAUGGAUGCAUAAUACCGUUCGUGGAAAAAGAACUCCAUGGUGAAAAAAUCGAUGGGUUGACUGACGCAUUCAAUCACCGCAGCUGCGAUGAUCACGUGUUUGGCGGUCCACUUAGUAGUCCUACCGCAUCCAUGUUGUGA